GUUCUGUUGUGGAAGCCUAACUCCUAAUCCUUUCUCACAAAGUCCACACAUGCUAUCUGUGUGACCAUCCUGUGCCCCAACCAAUUUGGUAAGACUCCAUGUUUCAGAGUAGCUGGCUUGCCUCAUCAGUGGAUUUACACCAGAAGUACCCUACUAAGAUGAAAUCAGAGCCUGGACUCCCUAAGCCAUCCCCAAAAUGGUAUCCUAAUUUCCUGAGAUCCCAGUAUUAGCCAUCUGCAGCCUUCCUGUUUCUGUUCCCAUUUUGGAGUUCCUUUUGCAAAACAUCUCUGUGGCUCCAGGUCCUGAACUCUUUCACACGUGUGAGCGGCCAGAGUCUGGAAGGGUUUCCUGGAUGGAGAGGUUUUGAUUACAGCUGCCUUAAGAAGUCGAGCUCUCUCCAGCUUGCUGCCAUUCCAUUCCAUCACACACUAGGAGGAGGAACAGCAACAUGGGGUUCCAAGGAAUCUAUCUACUCCUGUGCUUCUUCAUCCUCUUCCCAGGGACAAGCACAGAGACACCAACCCCCAAAAUAAAAAAGGCAGCCAAUGCCAAGAAAGAGCCUGUAAAUACCAAGAUGAUAGAAGAGAUGAAGAGCCAGCUGGACAGCUUGGCCCAGGAUGUAGCUUUAUUAAAGGAGCAGCAGGCCCUCCAGACAGUUUGCCUAAAGGGCACCAAGAUCCACCUGAAGUGCUUUCUGGCCUUCCCUCAGGCCAAGACCUAUCACGAGGCCAGUGAGGACUGCAUCUCUCGUGGGGGCACCCUCAGUACUCCGCAGAAUGUCGAUGAGAAUAACUCCCUCUACGAAUACUUACACAAGGGCAUAGGCACCGAGGCAGAGAUCUGGCUUGGCCUCAAUGACAUGGCAACUGAAGGCAACUGGGUGGACAUGACGGGCAGCAAGAUCAGCUACAAGAACUGGGAGACAGAGAUCACCACCCAGCCAGACGGUGGGAAGGUGGAGAACUGUGCUGUCAUGUCCGGGGUGGCUAUGGGCAAGUGGUUUGAUAAGCGGUGCAAAGAGCGGCUGCCCUUCAUUUGCCAGUUUAUGAUUGUGUAGCUUCCUGGUGCGGCAGGGAGGGCAGGGGAAGAAAGAAGUGUGAGACGAAUGCUGCUCAAAUAGGCCUUGGGUGGCAUGCUCAGCCCCAAGGAGACUCUCUAGCCUCUGUAGAUGACCUGUUUGCCAAUAAAAUCACUGCCGCUUGGUAAGCCCA